UCCCUCUCCGCACUCGGCGCCGCGUCAAAAUGCUGCUCUCUGUGCCGCCAAGGACCGGAGGAGUAAACGCGUACAACAGCUACCAGGGCAAAAGCGUCAAGAAGCAGACGUAUGUGUCGCCCUCCAAUCAUCAGAUGGCUCCUCCAAGCCCCAACAGCAACCACACCAGCACCAUCAGCAAUGGCAGCAGCAGCGGAAAUAACGGCGGCGAGCAGUUGAGCAAAACCAACCUGUAUAUCCGUGGCCUUCACCCAGGAACCACAGACCAGGAUCUGGUCAAACUCUGUCAGCCAUACGGGAAAAUUGUUUCCACAAAGGCUAUACUGGACAAGACUACGAACAAGUGCAAAGGAUAUGGCUUUGUUGACUUUGACAAUCCAGCCUCAGCUCAGAAGGCAGUGACGGCGUUGAAGGCGGCGGGCGUGCAAGCUCAGAUGGCCAAGCAACAGGAGCAGGAUCCCACCAAUUUGUACAUUUCCAACCUGCCGCUUUCCAUGGACGAGCAGGAGCUGGAAAACAUGCUAAAGCCUUUCAGUCAGGCCAUUUCUACACGCAUCCUGCGGGACGCUAAUGGAAGCAGUCGAGGCGUGGGUUUUGCCAGGAUGGAGUCUACAGAGAAAUGUGAGGCCAUCAUCCAACAUUUUAAUGGAAAAUAUAUUAAGACUCCACCUGGAGUGUCAGUGCCACCAGAGCCUUUGUUAUGUAAGUUUGCUGACGGAGGCCAGAAGAAGCGCCAGAGUCAAGGAAAAUAUCUUCAAAAUGGCCGAAGCUGGACCAGAGAUGGCGAGACUGGAGGAAUGACCCUCACGUACGACCCCACCACAGCCUUACAGAAUGGGUUCUACUCCUCUCCUUACAGCAUGGCUCCUAACCGCAUGCUGGGGCCCACCUCGCUCUCUCCUUACAUGCACUCGCCUGUGUCCACCUACCAGAUACACAACCCAUCCUGGCUGCACCACCAGUCAUACAUCAUGCCGCCCACUGGAGCAGUCUUGACGCCAGGGAUGGAGCACACCAUGUCCAUCCAGCCCACGUCGAUGAUGGGGCCCCUGGCACAGCAGCUCAGCCACCUGUCCAUAGGCAGCAGUGGCACGUAUAUGCCGGCAAACACAUCUAUGCAGGGGACAUAUGUCCCCCACUACACACAAGUGCCUCCUGCCAACAUCUCCGUCGAGGAAAGUGCCAUCCAGCCGCCUGUUGCCGUAGAGACACCCACUGAACACACAAACUACUCCUACCAGCAUAACAAGUGACGACAACGAUCUCUUUCCGCACUCUAUCUGGACUGUUACACAGAAAGAGGACACCACAGACUAUUUCACUCCAGCAAAAGGUGGACACAUUGAGGUUUGAAUGGACAGAAGGAUAAAAAAACCCACAAACAUUCACGACUCAUUUUGUUUUCUUCUACGGGAAACGUUUUUUUGCCUGUUCCAUAUUGUUGUACAUAUUUUUUGUGUGUGUUUAUUUCUUUAUGUGCCCUAAAUGUUUAAAAACUAUAGAUAAAAAAAUGUUUUAAAGGUAAAGACAGUCCUCUUUGGGGUGCAAUGGGGCAGAAUGGUCAGAUCUGAAACACAAACACAAAAAGGGCUUGUUUCUUUUUAAGAUGCAGCAAUCUUGACAAGGCUUCAGACAAUCACACGCGUACACAACACAACAACAUCACGUCAACAUGGUGCUUGAUUGGCCACAAGAUUGAUUUAAAACAUUCCAGCUCUCCACGUCUAACCAUGGCUACACACACAUACACACACACACACACACACACACACACAACAAAAACACAAAACAGUGGAGUUUCUGCUCUUUUCCACUGUAGCGUCUCACUUGGUUUCAUAUUUGAACAGUCGGCACAUCACAAGGUGCAUUUUCUACUUUCUGGUCCUGUUUUGGGAAAAAAAAAAAGGACUGACUCUCCCCAGAAUUAUGUUUUAGUUUCAGUAGUGCUCUGCAGUCAAUGUGGACGUGAAGUCAAAAGCUCUGAUGUGUUCUACAGGAGACACAAUAUUUGCUUCUGCUUUUUUAUUAUUUAAAUGUUUUUUUGAUUUUAUUCAUUCAUGAGGCUUUUCAGAUUGAUCUUAUUUUUCAAAGAAACCGUGAUUUUAUUUUUGAUAGUGUGUUGUGAUAGUGACAUUUUUGUAUGUUUACAGACAUUGUUGUUUUUUUUUUACUUCCUGAGAGGCUUUAACGUGUGUUUCUGUUACAAACGUCAUGAACAUCAAUCAGCUGUGUAUGUUUUAAUAAGGUUUCCAUGCUCGAAACAAACGGACCUCAUCCUCACACAUUGAGCGUUCUAUAAAGGCAAUAUAAGCAGUUUAGUAAGCUUCACAGCUGGUACUGUGUCCAAAUCUUCUACAUUUUCCGUCCAAAGUUUGUUAAUCACGUCCAAGGUCUGGCGAUCUAUGCAAUUAAUUUAUGAGUCCUGACUGAUGCAAUAUAGUGCAGAUAUUUACACCUCCCGUUGGGCCGGGAGUGACAGCAUUUAGCGUGUGCUGCGUGAAAAGUGAUGUGCGUGUUGUUUUAAUUGGAGGAUCUGAGCUGGACGACUGUUCUCAAAGUGCAGCACACUCGGCUACUAAUUUCCUAGUUUCCAUUCGCCAUCAGCAGUCUUUUCUUUCUCACUUUGCUGUUUUCAGGGGCAACAUUCACCUUCACGGCAAUGCCUUAGAUCUCACUGGAAGGGUAGAAAAUACAAAGUUGCAGUGAUUCCAUGUUUUGGGUGGCGCUGGGAUUAAUGAACUAAUGCUCAGCUUUUAGGAAAAUCCUUUAUCAAAUAUGACGGCAUCUGUUUUAUCUGCAUCCAUCAUCUCGAUUCAUGUUCCGGCGUCUGUGCCAAGAUGCCUCUCAUCACGUCCCACGCCCAGCUAUUAACUUUGUCUUUUUUGGUUUUGUUUAUUUUUUAAAUAAAUGUUGGCCUCCAGCAAGGAGGUUUGUUUUCA